AUGUCAGACCAAGCGGAUUACGAGCCACUUGUGGAGCAAUUCAUCAACGUCACCAAUUCUACCAAGUACUUAGCUGAGCAGUAUUUGGGCAGAAACAACAACGACUUGGUUGACGCCAUCGAGGACUACUAUGCCACCAAUAAGGCCACCCCUGAAGCUGGCAGCACAGCAAGAGCCAACCAGCCCAAGAAACACUCGAGUGGCGUCAGGACCUUUCGGGACUUGAACAACGAGGAGGAGGACUCGGAAGACGACAAGACCAACACCAACUUCUUCACUGGAGGAGAGAAGUCGGGAUUGCAGGUCGAAGACCCCAACAAGAAGGGCGGACGCCGUGGCAAUGACAGAAGCAUCGUGGAUCAAAUUUUCCAGAGAGCAAAAGAACAGAUGGAUCAGCCAGACGAGCGUCCCUCGGCCAACACGCCAGAAGUAGAGGGCCCCAAGUUCAGCGGCACUGGGUUCAAGUUGGGCGAUGGCGAAGAGCCAUCGCAAGUCAUCGAAGACCCCAACAGCUCAUUGCCUCAAAGACCCGCAAAGGUCACCAGAGAAAUCACCUUCUGGAAGCAGGGUUUCACGGUGGGUGAUGGUCCUUUGCACAGAUACGAUGACGAGAGCAAUGCCAGUGUGUUGCAGGAAUUGAAUAGAGGUAGGGUCCCCAUGUCUUUAUUGGAUGUGGAGUUCGGCCAAGAUGUUGAUGUUUCUGUGUUCAAGAAGACUGACGAAGAUUGGGUGCCACCAAAAAGAAGGGUGGGUGGCUUUGUUGGGUCUGGUCAAAGAUUGGGCUCCCCAGUUCCAGGGGAGGUUACUCCACAACCACAACCAGCAGAGGAAAAGCCAGAGACUGCUCCCAAGCCAGAGAAUGAAGUGCAAGGUGACUCACCGGUCCAAAUUAGAUUUGCCAACGGUAAACGUGCAUCCACUAAAUUCAACUCUUCAGACUCUAUACUGCAGGUGUAUGAGUUUGUGAGAUCACACGAGCUCAACGACGGCUCCAGAGCCUUCACCUUGAGCCACGCUUUUCCAGUCAAGCCUAUUGAAGACUCGGCUGAAAUAACUGUUGCCGAGGCGAAGUUGAAAAAUGCAGUCAUCGUCCAAAGGUGGGCUUGA